AUGGAUACUCCAAAUCCUCCAAGUACACCUCAAUCGCGCUCUGCCGCAUACCAGCAGAUCCUCAAACCCAUCACACCGUCGCAAAUUCCGCUCCCCUCAACCCCAAUCCCAACUCCAACCCCAACCGCAACCACAACCACAACCUCAACCCCCAACCCAGCCACCAAAAUUCCUCUCCCAGAAACUCCUCUCCCAGAAACAGAAACUCCCAUCCUAAACACACCAUCUUCCAUCGCAGCGAAGAUUCCUCUCCCGGAGACACCGACGCCCGCCGCAGCCGCAAUUUCUGAGAGAAAGGUGGACGAUGGAUUUUCUGUUUCUGGUUCUCCUGAGACUAGCGAAGUUCUCGAGGCUCCCGAGGUUCCCGAGGUUCCUGGCGUUUCUGCUGCAGUCCCCACCAAUCUCACCAAUCCCCCCAAUCUCCCCUCCCACCUUCCCCACAACCCUCUCAGCAACCCUCUCCGCAAAUCUCCAAGCUCACCCCUCAGCAAACCCCUCAGCACCCCCACCCCCGAAAUCUCGCCUCUAAAACUCGCUUCUGCUUCUUUUUCUUCUUCUCAUUCUCAAUCUCAAUCUCAACCUCAAUCUCAACCUCAAUCUCAAUCUCAACCUCAAUCUCAAUCUCAAUCUCAAUCUCAAUCUCAAUCUCAAUCUCAAUCUCAAUCUCAACCUCAACCUCAACCUCAACCUCAACCUCAACCUCAACCUCAAUCUCAAACCCAGCAAAGAGACAAGUAG